CCUGGGCGGAUCCAUUCCCCGGGGCGCGCAGGGGGUGGCCGUGGCUCCGAAAGCCACAGUGGGGCAAGCGCGCGACUCGCCGAAAGCUAGGCGCGCGCGCCUCACCCACUUUGUAUCCUUUAAAACUUCCACAACCAGCCGGGUCGUCUUGGAGCCGUGACGAGAAGCCACAGCGGGAAGCGGAGGGGCGCGCAUCCCUCCCGGCCUUGGUGCGCUCCGCGCCCCCUACUCUCCCGGUACUUGGGAGGGGACGCGCGGGCCCGACGCGCCCAGACGGCGGCCCGCGAUGGCGCUGGUGGCCGCCGAGCGCCCCUGGGGGCCGGGCCCUCACCCGGUCGCCCGGAGUCUGGGCGCGGCCGUCUUCGUGUGGCUCCUCCUCGGCACCUGGUGCACAGCCCCUGCCGGCGCCAUCCAGGUGACCGUGUCAGACCCCUACCACGUGGUGAUCCUCUUCCAGCCCGUGACCCUGCCCUGCUCCUACCAGAUGACCAUGACCCCCACGGCCCCCAUUGUCGUAUGGAAGUACAAGUCCUUCUGCCGAGACCGCGUCGCCGAUGCCUUCUCCCCGGCCAGCGUGGACAACCAGAUCAAUGCCCAGCUGGCGGCUGGUAACCCAGGCUACAACCCCUACGUGGAGUGCCAGGACAGCGUGCGCACCGUCAGGGUGGUGGCCACCAAGCAGGGCAACACUGUGACCCUGGGCGACUACUACCAGGGACGCAGGAUCACCAUCACUGGAAACGCGGACCUGACCUUUGAGCAGACGGCGUGGGGUGACAGUGGCGUGUAUUACUGCUCCGUGGUCUCGGCCCAGGACCUCCAGGGGAACAAUGAAGCCUACGCAGAGCUCCUCGUCCUGGGCAGGACCUCAGGGGUGGCUGAGCUCUUACCUGGUUUUCAGGCGGGGCCCAUGGAAGACUGGCUCUUUGUGGUCGUGGUCUGCCUGGCCGGCUUCCUCGUCUUCCUCUUGCUGGGGAUCUGCUGGUGUCAGUGCUGCCCGCACACCUGCUGCUGCUACGUCAGGUGUCCCUGCUGCCCGGACAAGUGCUGCUGCCCCGAGGCCCUGUAUGCUGCUGGCAAAGCAGCCACCUCAGGCGUCCCCAGCAUCUACGCCCCCAGCACCUACGCCUACCUCUCCCCUGCCAAGACCCCGCCCCCGCCGCCAGCCAUGAUUCCCAUGGGCCCUGUCUACAAUGGCGGGUACCCUGCCGACUUCGACAGGAAUAGCUCAGUUGGCGGCCACAGCUCGCAGGUACCUCUACUCCAUGACACUGACAGCGGUGUGACAUCUGAAGUCCGCAGUGGCUACAGGAUUCAGGCCAACCAGCAGGAUGACUCCAUGCGGGUUCUGUACUACAUGGAGAAAGAGCUGGCCAACUUCGACCCUUCUCGGCCAGGCCCUGCCAACGGCCGCGUGGAGCGGGCCAUGAGCGAGGUCACCUCCCUCCACGAGGACGACUGGCGAUCCCGGCCUCCCAGGGGUCCUGCCCUCAGCCCGGUCCGCGACGAGGAGUGGGGUCGCCACUCCCCGCGGAGUCCCAGGAGAUGGGCCCAGGAGCCUCCCACCGAGCGUCCCGGGAGCGGCUGGGGGGCCGGACGGCCACGGGCGCGCUCUGUGGAUGCGCUGGAUGACCUCGCGCGCCCCGGCUCCAGCGAGUCGGGGACCAGGUCUCCCCCGAGCAGUGGGCGCAGAGGGCGGGCCUACGCGCCCCCCAGGAGCCGCAGCCGGGACGACCUCUACGACCGCGAUGACCCGCGGGACUUCGCACCGUCCCGGAAUCCCCGCUACGAUGACGGCAGGGCCAGGGACCGCGCGCACGCCGACUCCAGGGCGCGCUACCCCAGGUCCCGGGACUCUCGGGACGAUGGCUCCCGAGCCGGGGACCACCCGUACGACACGCGACUCCUAGAAGAGGCUUUGCGGAAAAAGGGGUCCGGGGAGAAGCGGCGGCCCUACCGAGAGGAGGAAGAGGAGGACGACGACUACCCCGCCGCGCCGCCCCCGUACUCCGAGACCGACUCGCAGGCCUCCCGCGAGCGCAGGCUCAGGAAGAACUUGGCCCUGAGCCGGGAGAGCUUAGUCGUCUGAGCUCACGUUUUGUAUGCCGCUUUUGUAUUUUUUUUUU